AUGGACGACUCGUUCAGUCCCGUCAUAAAAACCGGACCCAACCUGAAUACGCUCGUUUGGUAUGCGCAUACAUUCAAUGUCAAGGUCCUUCUCGCAAUUGGAGGCUGGACUGGCAGUAAAACAUUCAGUUCAAUGGCCGAAAGUCCAGAGUCGCGUGCAGUAUUUAUCAAUUCUACCAUGUCGCUAAUUAACCAAUAUAAUUUGGAUGGGGUCGAUAUUGACUGGGAAUACCCGGGAAGAAAAGGCGCGAUAUGUAAUGUAGUUAAUCCACAAAACGAUACCAGUAACUUUUUAACUUUAUUGAAAGAGUUACGCGCAGCUGUGGGGAACAAAUUAUUAACUAUCGCGGCUAGAGCGGAAACGUUUGAUGGACCAAACGGACCCAUCCCGGACGUGAGUGGAUUUGCCUCGGUUGUUGAUUGGGUUAAUGUUAUGGCUUAUGACAUGGCAGUGGAUGAUCAUUCGAACGAACCUUGGACAAAGAUAACAGGUCCCAACGCUCCAUUUAACGUUACAGCUGGACAAGGCCGCCAGCUGUCCUUUACUCAAUCUGCAAACACAUGGCUCAAAUCCGGCAUGCCUGCUUCCAAAAUAGUCAUGGGAGUCGAAUUCAUCGGUCACGCAAUGACAGCAACCGAUCAAAUGUCAGAUUCACAAUACGUUGGACGUGACUUGACAGUUCCCAAAGGCGAUCAAGAUGACGCACUUUGGGCCGAACCGUGUCCAGGAGCGAGCCAAACUUAUUCCGGUGUUUGGACAUGGAAGAAUUUGAGACAGCAAGGAUUGCUGGAAUGUACCAUGUCAGUUGCUAAAAACACACCAUGGACGCGAAAUUUUGAUAACGUGACCAAUACUCCAUGGUUGUUCAAUACUGAAACAAAGACGUACAUCUCUUACGAUGACCCUCAGUCUCUGUAUAUUAAAACCGAAUAUGUAAAGUCACAAAAUCUUCGGGGAAUGAUGAUAUGGGAGCUUACUACUGAUAAUGGGAAAGAACUUUUGAACGUCGUUCAAUCACUAAAACAACCUUCCUCCGCCGCGCCAACCAACGACUGCAGUGCGACUGCAGCUUACAAUCCUAACGGUGUCCCUGCUGCGGAUUCUUCUUCUGGCAACAACGAAUCUCCAAAACCUAAAAAGAUCGGUGCUGGUACAGCGAUGGCAAUAACCUUCUUGCUUGCUGCAUUCGCAGCGCUAUGCGUGUUUGGAUUCAUUUGGUAUCGUCGAAAACGUGCUGCAGUCGCGGUUAAUGAAUCUGGACCGGCUCUCGCUGGUGCUAAUACGGGAGUUUUAUAUAAAGAUUGUGUAAUAGCUUUGUUUGACUUUAAAGCAGUACGAAAAAACGAUUUGUCUUUUAAGAAAGGAGAUAUCAUUGAAGUACUCGAGAAGGGUAACGGAGAUAAUUCGUGGUGGAUUGGACGGCUCAAUGGACAAGUUGGAGAAUUUCCCGGAAAUUAUGUUAAAGAUGAAUUUUAG